AUGCUAGCCAGUGCGCUGGGCAGGAGGGCGCCUCGCAGAGAUUUUCAACCAGAAGGCCCCUGCGACGAUCCAGAUGAGUACAGAGGCAUCCUGUUGGAGGAAAACGUAACCAAAGGCAUGAAGGAGGUCCUCGCGCCCUUCGUCGUGUUCGAUUCGUACAGCGCCAGCAUGCUUGAUAGCCAGUUCGGCGCUGUCGGCGGUCGCGGCACUGACAUGGCGGCAUUCCUUCUGCAGUGCUUCAUGGCCUACUGCGACCAGCGUUCGCUAUCAUACUUCGUGCUUUUUGUCGACCUUGUGAAAAUCUUGGACAAAAUCCUCCGGGAGAUCACUGUCGGCAUCCCUGGACAUGUGGCCGACCUGUACCAGUACUUGCGCGAUCGAGGCCUCACGCACGCGCAGGCAAUGUGGGCAAUGUGGGUUGCCCAGUGGGUUGGCCGCCACCGCUCACAAUUCCUCCGCUGGGGGAUGAGCCUGAAGAUCGUGCGCUUGCUGUGUAACUUGCACGCGGUCUCGUGGGUCACUGUCGGCUGCUUCGAUACCGCUCCCGCAGCGCUGAAAGGUGGCCACCAAGGUUGUCAGAGUGAGGGGGCCGAACGGUCAUUCAUUGUCCCUGAGUGCAUGGCUGAAGUGGGGUUUGAAUCUUGCAAACUGCCGACGUCACCUCCGGCCCCUCACUCUUAUCCGCAUCUGCGGGGUGCUACGUAUUUAUGGCGCUGCGGUCUUCACUAG